AUGUCAUCUUCAACCUCACAAGCUACUCGAAAUUUGACUGAAGCAGAUCUUCAAUCCACAGACCCUACCACCAUCUCACCCCCACCAAGACCAAAUUGGAGGCUGCCGAACAGACAAGCGAGACCACAGUAUUAUGAAGGUUGGAAGACGGCUCUUGAAAAGUAUCUUCCGAAGGUAAACUAUGUGGGAUCGAGCCUAGUCGUAUUCCUUAUAUCGCUCCCGUUCACGCUGGGGAACUUCUCGUUUGUUUCGCUCGGAAUCAAACCUGGCUUGACCCAACGACCUGACAUCGAAAAGUGGACGCUGGAUGAUAUUGUAGAUUACACCAACACUGUAAAAGGACGUAUAAGGGGACUGAGGGAUGAGAAAUCAUAG